AUGGUAGGAGUUGCCAAGAUUCAUGGGCCGCCUUGUGGCAUUGGCAAUAUUCAAGGGUUCUUGAGAGAUUUGCCAAGAUUAAUGGUAAUUCCGCCAAGGGCUGCAGACUUACUAGGAAAGAAGCUUCGCAAGGUGGACAUGGACCCAAAAACUUGUAAAGUCAAAUUGUCAGCCAUGCAGAGAGCCAUCAACAGCAACACUGUCAUGCUGGUAGCAUCUGCACCUCAGUUCCCUCAUGGCAUUAUUGAUGAUGUGGAAGAGAUUGGUGCUCUGGGCCAGCGCUACAAUGUACCCGUGCAUGUGGACUGCUGUAUGGGUGGCUUCAUUCUUCCCUUUAUGGAAGCUGCUGGCUACCCUCUUCCUCUGUUUGACUUCCGUGUUCCAGGGGUCACCAGCAUUUCGGCUGACACUCACAAGUAUGGGAAUGCGCCUAAAGGAUCAAGCGUGAUCAUGUACCAGAGUGCUGAGCACCGUCACUACCAGUACUUUGUUGUUCCUGAUUGGCCUGGGGGCAUCUAUGGCUCCCCCACCAUACCUGGAUCCCGCCCUGGAGGGCUGGUAGCUGUGUGCUGGGCAGCACUACUCUACCAUGGCUUCACAGGCUACACACAAGCUACACAAAAGAUCAUAACAACUGCUAGAAAUAUUAAGAGGCUGCUUAAGGAUGAUCCCAGUAUUCAGGUGUUUGGAGAUCCUCUGGCCUCCAUUGUAGCCUUUGGCAGUAAAGAGGUAGACAUCUACAAAGUUGGAGAUACCUUGGGCCAGCAUGGGUGGCAUCUUAACUUUCUUCAGUAUCCUCCUGGAAUACAUAUAUGCCUAACAACACUACAAGUUGCUGAUGACUUUGCUGGUCGUUUUGUACAUGCUGUGAAAGAAGCUAUUGAACAAGUUCGACUUGAACCUAAGGGCAUGGCAAGUCUUGGAAAGCUGUAUGGUACAGUAGCAAGUAUACCUGAUAAAUCAUUGGUUGGAGAGGCAGCUAAAGUGUUCCUUACCUGCUACUAUAAAACUGAGACAGUCAGACGAGAUGAAGAGACAGAAAACCUGGGCGACAGAGAUCAAGAAACUGCUAAGAGAAUAUAAUAGAUGACACCCGAAUUUGCAUGACAGUGUCCUCCAUUGAAGACUGCAAGACUCCAGGCGGACAUCAAACAAAUCCUUAAAUGGGCCGCAGAAAACAAUAUGAAGUUCAGUGAUGAGAAAUUUCAAUUACAGUCUCUCUUCACUUAAUGAUGGAGUUCCAUUCCUAAGCCCACGUCGGUAAACGAAUUCAUUGCUAAGUGAGGAGCACACUAUAAUGGUAGUGGGUUUGUGUCAACUAUCUUUGAUAUUGUUUUAAUGUCACCUUUGCAUCAUUCAUAACAUUUCUGGUAUAUUUUUAAAUGUUUAUACAGUAGUGUACUGUCUAUUGUAAUACGUAAACAGAAUGAAGGAAAUCAGCUCUAAUAUACAUUAUUUAGGCAUGUGUACUGGUCAGAGAGCCCAUCGUAAGUUUGAGGCGUCGCUAAGCGAGGAGAGACUGUACUCCGAUAUGGAAAAUGUGACGAAAUUAAAACUACAUCAGAGUAUAAAACAAAUUCUAACUACAUAAUAGAGCGAAAAGCUAAUGUAAAAGACCUGGGAGUGAUAAUGUCAGUGGAUCUCACCUUCAAAGACCACAACAUUGUAUCAAUCACAUCUGCUCGAAAAAUGACAGGAUGAAUAGUAAGAACCUUCAAAACUAGGGAUGCCAAGCACAAGAUGACAUUCUUCAGGUUACUUGUUCUAUCUAGGCUGGAAUAUUGCUGAACACUACUGGCACCUUUCAAGGCAGGUGAAAUUGCCGACCUAGAAAAUGUACAGAGAACCUUCACAAAACACAUAGCUGUGAUAAAACGCCUCAGUUACUGGGAACACUUAAAGUUUUUCAACCAGUGUGACUUUGUAAAUGGUCAAAGUCAGACCGAAACGUUGUCGUAAGCUUCUCUCUUUUAUGUGCGGGUUAUUUGUGUAUCGUUCCAGUCACGGUAUUGUGCCUUUUUUUGUUAUUUCUGUACUCCCUAGAAUGCAGGCAGGAGAGAUGCAUGAUUAUAUACGCUUGGAAAAUCCUAGAGGGAUUAGUACCAAACUUGCACAUGAAAAUCACUCCCUGUGAAAGAAAAAGACUUGCAGACAUACAUCCCCCAGUGAAAAGCAGGGGUGCCACUAGCACAAUAAGAGACAUCACAAUAAGUGUCAGGGGCCCAAGACUGUUCAACUGCCUCCCAGCAUACAUAAGGGGGAUUACCAAUAGAUCCCUGGGUAUUAACAAAGGGGAUUUUGGGUAUUAACCCUAUGACUGUUUUGGUCGUAUAUAUACGUCUUACGAGGUACCGUGUUUGACAUAUACAGUAUACAUGUACUCAUAAAUUCUAGCGGCUUCAAAUCUAGCAGGAGAAAACUGGUAGACCCACAUGUGAGAGAAUGGGUCUGUGUGGUCAGUGUGCACCAUAUAAAAAAAAUCCUGGAGCACACAGUGCAUAAUGAGAAAAAAAAAACUCGGACCGUUUCUUUUUUUUAAUUAAAAUGUCGACUUUGUGGUCUAUUUUCAUGUAGUAUUUAUGGUUGUACUCUCGUUUUCUUGGUCUCAAUUGAUAGAAUGGAAAACAUAUUGUAGAAAUAGAGGUGAUUUUGAUUGAUUUUACUAUAAAAAGAACCUGAAAAUGGAGCUCAAAGUAGGGGAAAUGUUUGAUUUUUGCCGAUGUUCAAAAGUAAACAAAUGAUGUUGUCCAAUAAAUGUCCAACUAGCCAUUCUAAUAUGCAGUCAUGAAUGGGUUGACAUUAUUUGUACAAUUAUUACAGUAUUGCAGUAGUCUGCAUAACAGUAAAUCUUCUAUUUUUUGAAUAAAAAUUCAUAAUAGAAAGCAAGAGUAAUAUCAGAGGGGCCUGGAGACAUGACUAAUGAACAAAGAAAAUUUUAUUUUAGAGAAAGGAAUGUAUGCAUUGUUCAUUCUGGACCUUAUUUUGAAAUUGUCAUAUUUUUUAAUUUUUGUGAAAUUGGCCAAAUUGCAAAUUUCUGACCACGUUAUUGAGUAGUUGAAAUUGGUAAAUGGGCAGUUUCUUGUACUCAGUCGAUAGAAAAAAGAGAGUUCUAAAGAAAUAGCUAUGAGUUUGGUCGACUGGAACAAUGGAAUUAGUUGAAAAUAGGGCUCAAAGUGGGCGAAAUCGCCGAUUUGAAAUAUCGCUGAGGUCACUAACUUCGCCAGAGCGUAAUUCUGUCAGUUUUCCAUCAAAUUUCGUUUUUUUGUGUCAUUACAAUCGGGAAAAGAUUCUCUUAUCAUUCAUAAGAAAAGACUUUUUUUUUUUUUUUUUUUUAAAUUUUGCGACACCAGGAGACACCUCAGGAUUGGGGGUUGCGACAGUCAAAGGGUUAACAAAGGGGAUAUGGGUAUUAACAAAGGGGAUAUAAAUAAAGUUUUUGGCUAUCCCUCCAAAUAGAACCCGCAAUAAUGUAUUCAAAUUAGACAAGUUUAGAUUUCGAAAGGAUAUAGGAAAGUACUGGUUUGGUAAUAGGGUAGUUGAUGAGUGGAUGGGUCUGCCUAGUAGGGUUAUCAAAGCUAAAACCUUAAGUAGUUUCAAAUUUAGGUUGGAUAAGUACAUGAGUGAGAGGGGUUGGAUUUGAGUGGGACUUGCACCUGAGUAAAUAGAAUUUUCAAAGCUUAUUGCUUGGGUAGCAUUUAUUCUGCUAGUGGGUUGGAUUUGUGAAGGACCUGCCUAGUAUGGGCCAACAGGCCUAUUGCAGUGAUCCUCCCUUCUUAUGUUCUUAUGUCUUCAAGAAGGUGUUGGACAGGCACCUAAAGUCAGUACCUGACCAGCCUGGCUGUGGUUCAUACAUUGGCUUGCAUGCGGUCAACAGUAACAGCCUGGUUGAUCAGGCCCUGAUCCACCAUGAGGCCUGGUCACAGACUGGGCCGUGGGGGCAUUGAUCCCCGAAACACUCCAGGUGGUGAAAGUGUUGAAUGAUGAUGAAAGCUUUUUCUUUCUUUUUGGGUCACCCUGCCUCGAUGGGAAACGCCCGACAUGUUAAAAAAAAAAAAAAAAAUUACCCUUAUAAUUCAUACACUCACUCUUGUCCCCUUUUACCUUAUAACUUGAGUUUGGUUUUAUACUAUUGACAGGCAUAUUUCCCCUAUAAUUCAUACACCCUUGUCUCCUUUUCCCUAUUACAGAGGAACUAUACAUGCUUUCUGUUAAUUCUUUGGUACCAUCCCAUCUUUGAUGCAUAUAUUUGAAGAACCACUCCAAAAUUAUAUCCCCACCUGUUUUUACCAUCUGUCUUACUCCCAUCUGUCCCAGCUGCUUUACCCCCUUGUAUUCUACCCACUGCCUCAAUUAUUAUAAUCAAAAAGAAGCGCUAAACCACAAGGGCUAUACAGCGCUGCCCACUGCCUCAAGCACCUCCCCAGCACUCGCAUCUGGCUCUUCCUUCUACAAAAUUUCAUACUUUCAUCUAUCUUCCCAGUACCUUCACCUCUUCAUAUAACAUCUCACCUCCCUUUUGCUUAGGCUUUCUCUACUCAGUAAUCUUGUUCCAACUUUUUUUUUGUUCUCAGUGAAAUUUGUUGAUUAAGGCUCACCCAUUCUCUUAUUGGCUCUCCUCUUGUACCCUCUCACCACUCAUUUAAUCAGCUUUUUCUCCAUGUACUUUACCUUCUAUAUAUCACUUCUGUGAUGAAGAUGGGGAAGAUGUUGAAGAUAGGGAAGUUGUGAUUUCAUGUAUAGGGCAAGGAGGAAAAACAACUUGUAGGAGUGAGGAGGAGAGAGUUGUGAGUUUGGGGGAAGUUGAUGAGGUGGUGGGUAGAAUGAAAGGGGAUAAGGGAGCUGGGAAUGAUGGGAUAAAGAUAGAAAUGUUAAAAGCAGGUGGGGAUAUAGAUCUGGAGUGGUUGGUUCUUUUAUUUAAUAAAUGUAUGGAAGAGGGUAAGGUACCUAUGGAUUGCAUAGUUCCUUUGUAUAAAGGCAAAGGGGACACAAGAGAAUGCAAAAAUUAUAGGGGAAUAACAUCUUCUAGGAGUGAAGAAGAGCAGGAUGCGAGUGUGGGGGAGGUGCAUGAACCAUUAUGUAGAAUGAAAGGGGGUAAAGCAGCAGCAACUGAUGGAAUCAUGACAGAAAUGUUAAAAGCAGGGGGGAUAUUGUGUUGGAGUGGUUGGUAUUUUUGUUUAAUAAAUGUAUGAAGGAGGGGAAGGUACCUAGGGAUUGGCAGAGAGAGUGUAUAGUUCCUUUAUAUAAAGGGAAGGGGGACAAAAGAGAUAGUAAAAAUUAUAGGGGAAUAAGUUUAUUGAGUAAACCAGGUAAAAUGUACAGUAGGGUUAUUAUUGAAAGAAUUAGAGGUAAGACAGAGUAGGACUGCAGAUGAGCAAGAUUGGGUAGGGGAUAUGUAGAUCAAGUGUUUACAUUAAAGCAUAUAUGUAAACAGUAUUUAGAUAAAGGUAGGGAAGUUUUCAUUGUAUUUAUGGAUUUAGAAAAGGCAUAUGAUAGAGUGGAUAGGGGAGCAAUGUGGCAGAUGUUGCAAGUGUAUGGAAUAGGUAGUAUGUUACUAAAUGCUGUAAAGAGUUUUUUUAUGAGGAUAGUGAGGCUCAGGUUAGGGUGUGUAAGAGAGAGAGGGAGAUUACUUCUUGGUAAAAGUAGGUCUUAGAUAGGAAUGUGUAAUGUCACCAUGGUUAUUUAAUAUAUUUAUUGAUGGGGUUGUAAAAGAAGUAAAUGCUAGGGUGUUGGGGAGAGGAGUGGGAUUAAAUUAUGGAGAAUCAAGUGCAAAAUGGGAGUUGACACAGUUACUUUUUGCUGAUGAUACUGUGCUUAUGGGAGAUUCUAAAGAAAUGUUGCAAAGGUUAGUAGAUGAGUUGGGGGGGGGGGGGGUAAAGGCAGAAAGUUGAAAAUGAACAUAGAUAGGAGUAAGGUGAUGAGGGUAUCAAAUGAUUUAGAUAAAGAAAAAUUGGAUAUCACAUUGGAGAGAGGAAAUAUGGAAAAAGUGAAUGUUUUCAGAUAGUUGGAAGUUGACUUGUCAGUGGAUGGGUUUAUGAAGGAUGAGGUUAACCAUAGAAAUGAUGAAGGAAGAAAGGUGAGUGGUGCACUGAGGUAUCUGUGGAGACAAAAAACUUUAUCUAUGGAGGCAAAGAAGGGAAUGUAUGACAGUAUAGUGGUACCAACAUGUGUAUGGGUGUGAAGCUUGGGUUGUAAAUGCUGCAGCGAGGAGACGGCUGGAGGCAGUAGAGAUGUCCUAAGGGCAAUGUGUAGUGUAAAUAUUAUGCAGAGAAUUUGGAGUGUAGAGUUACUAAAAGUAUUAGUCAGAUUGCUGAAGAGGGGUUGUAGAGGUGGUUUGGUCAUUUAGAGAGAAUGGAUCAAAGUAGAAUGACUUGGAGAGCUUAUAAAUCUGUAGGGGAAGGAAGGAGGGGUAGGGGUCGUCCUCGAAAAGGUUGGAGGGAGGGAGUAAAGGAGGUGUGGGUGAGGGGCUUGGACUUCCAGCAAGCGUGUGUGAGCAUGUUAGAUAGGAGUAAAUGGACACGAAUGGUUUUUGGAACUUGAUGAGCUGUUGGAGUAUUUGCAGGGUAAUAUUUAGUGAAGGGAUUCAGGAAAACCGGUUAUUAUAGAUUUAGCCGGACUUGAGCCCUGGAAAUGGGAAGUACAAUGCCUGCACUUUAAAGGAGGGGUCUGGGAUAUUGACAGUUUGGAGGGACUUCUAAACUGUCAUAUCUGAGCGCCUCUGCCAAGACAGUGAUUAUGUAUGAGUGAGGUGAAAGUGUUGAAUGAUGAUGAAAGUAUUUUCUUUCUUUUUGAAUCGCCCUGCCUGGGUGGGAGACGGCCGACUUGUUAAGAAAAAAAAAAAGUGUUGAGUAUACCUGGUAAAGUGUAUGGUAGAGUUAUUGAAAGAAGAGUAAGACAGAGAUGAACAAGGAGGCUUUAGGAAGGGUAGGGGUGUGUAGACCAAGUGUUUACAGUGAAAUAUGUAGGUGAACAGUAUUUGGAUAAGGGUAAAGAGGUUUUUGUGGCAUUUAUGGAUUUGGAAAAGGUGUAUGACAGGGUGGAUAGGGGGGCAAUGUGGCAAAUGUUGCAAGUGUAUGGAAUACGAGGUAGGUUAUCGAAAGCAGUGAAAAGUUUUUAUGAGGAUAGUGAGGCUCAGGUUAGAGUAUGUAGGAGAGAGGGAGAGUAUUUCCCAGUAAAAGUAAGCCUUAGACAAGGAUGUGUGAGUUUGGUAGACUGGAACAAUGGAAUAGGCCAAAAAUAGGGUGUAAAGUGGGUGAAAUCAUUGAUGUGAAAAUAUUGCUGUUGGGUUAAGUUUAUUCUAACCUAACCACUCUGUAAUCUGGCAAAAAUCACUAGUCCAACACCCUACAGGUCCCGAUGAUGCUGGAUUAGUGAUGAUCAACCUGUAUAAGUAUGAGAAAGUGCUAAACUUUGAAAUGGGAGGUACCAAUAAUACUUUUUGAUUGGAAGAGAGGAAGGGUAGCUCUAUUUUUUUUCUUUUUUUUAUUAAGACCUCCCUUCCUUCCCAGCAUGAAUUAAGCUCUAUCAUGGUUGGGUACUCUUAGUCCUCUUAUUUUCUUGUUAUUUAGAUAAAUGCGGCUGUCACUUAUCAAGGGAACAUUGCAUUACAUUCUAUUAUGCAAUAAAUUCUUUUGUAAUAUUGAUAUGCACUGGUCGCCGUUGCCCAGCCGUGAGAGUAGCAACUCAUUGCUGAGGCCCAGGUAAUAAACCCUGGAUACAGUGGAACCUUGAAAAUCGAACGUACCAAAUAUCGAACGUUUCGAAAAUAAGACCAUUUUUUCGGACAAACUGUGUACCAAAAAUCGAACGCGUUUCAAAUUUCGGACCGCCGGGUAUGGGACCUGUCUGCUGGUCCGCUCUGUCCGCGUCCCCGCGCAGGCGCCGUGAGCAGUCUAGCUUUGUUUAUGCUUGAGUGAACACUAACCUGCGCUCUCAUUCACACAUUUUACGAUUACAGUGGUCUCGUUUUUCGUAAUUAAUCCGUUCCUGGAGGAGCUACUAUAAACGAAAUUUACGAUUUGCGAAUCAAUUUUCCCCAUAAGAAAUAAUGUAAAUACAAUUAAUCCGUUCCUGACACCUAGAAGUAUUAAAACAAAAAUUUUUUUUACAUGAAAUAUACAUGUAGUACAUAAACAAUACAAUGGGAAAUGAUGAAUGAAACAUUAACAGCAUAACACUUGAGGGGACCUUCACUCACUGGUAAACAAUGCCAGACUGGUUGGGUAGGGAGGCCUCCCCGGCUCACACCGUGCGUACGCGUCCCGGACGAACUACUAUUCGCAAGUCAACCUAUGAAAAGCGAGUCCAUGUUUAUACGAAAAUACCCCUAUGAUUGGCGAAAUUUACGAUUGCCGAGAACUACGAAAAGCGAGGGACCACUGCAUUUCGUUGUGUUUAGUGCUUGUGGGACUGUGAAAUAAGCUGCCAUGGGCCCAAAGAAAUUUGCUAGUGGUACCCCUGUGGAAAAGAAAGUGAGAAACACCAUAGAUGUGAAGAAGGAAAUAAUACAGAAGUAUGAGAGUGGUGUGAGACUUGUUGAGCUAGCCAGGAUGUAUGGGAAAACAAGUCGACCAUCGGUUCUAUCCUGGCAAAGAAAGAACAAAUCAAGGAAGCUGAUAUUGUGAAAGGUGUUAAUCUUUCUUUCAACACGCCGGCCGUGUUAAUAUGCUAACCGAAAAAAGACCACAAAUAGUUGAAGAGGUUGAGAAGUUGUUGCUGGUGUGGAUCAAAGAUAGAGAUUGCAGGUGAUAGUGUUUCAGAGACGAUUAUUUGCGAAAAGGCAAGAAAGUUGUAUGCCGAUCUGGUACAGAAAACUCCUGGAACCAGUGCUGAUAGUGAAUUUAAGGCCAGCAGAGGCUGACCAUUUUAGGGAAAUGUUAAAGAGGCACCAGAAACAGAGGACUGUGGACAGUUAUUUUGUGAGACAGGGGUCCAGUGACUCUCAAGCUGGUCCUAGUGGUAUUAAAAGACAGAGAAGGGAAGUAACCCCAGAGAGGGCUUUACCUGAAGUCCUCAUGGAGGAGGAUUCUCCUUCCAAACACUAACCCCAACCCCAACUCCCUCUCUCCUCCUCCCUAUCUUCCAGAUGCCAUCACCAAGCUUCAAUAAAGUAAAAAAUUUAUUUUAUAUUAUAUGUAUGUAUUAUUUUAUAUGUAUGUAAAACUGUAAUUAAUCUCUAUAAAAUGUAUAUUUUUGGGUUUCUGGAACGGAUUAAUUGUAUUUCCAUUAUUUCUUAUGGGAAAUAUUGAUUCGAAUUUCAGACUUUUCGAAAUUAGAAGUAGCUCCUGGAACGGAUUAAGUUCGAUUUUUGAGGUUCCACUGUAUUAACAUAAAAAAAAAAAACAUUGAUAUGCAUAUACUCUUAAUUUUUACCACAUUGUAGUAAGUGGACAUUAUUCAUAAACAUGUAUCAAACCCAUAUACGUCAUACAGCACUAAAGUAGAUGUCAUAAAAUCAUUGAAAAAUUAAUAUAUCAAUCUGAGGAACUGAGAGCAUGUUUUAACAAGCUACUCUGUAGGAAGAUGGAAAUUGGUAUGACUAUUUCUCUUUUAGCCUUUUAUUUGUAUAUUUUACACAAAAUGUGUAAAUACACUGUAGUUAGGUAAACACUGAAAUAACUAAGAACCCAGGUGAGCAGACGUGUAGUUAUAAAAUAAUGUAUUUAAAGUACGUGUAAAGAUCAUGUCACUGGUUCCUAGUUAUGUCUGUGAUUAUUAUUGCCUGUAACAAUAAAUAAUGUUGCCCUAGGAUAAUUAUAUUUAAGACCAAA